UCUCUCUCCACGUCUCUCUCUCUCGCUCUCUCUCCUUCGCGCGCGCUCUCACGCCUGCGCACGUCAUCCCUCUCGCUUCUCGCGCGCUGGUUAAAAAGAAGGUGGAAAAGUCCGAGCACCAUGUGAGCGCACUGAAGGCGCUGCAGGAGGCAACACGGUGCUGCUGCUGCUUCUGCACCCACCACUGAGAGCACUAAACGGGGGAUUUAUUUUGUGUGCGCGAGGAAACCUGCACAGACUCCUUUUUGAUCGACUUUUUCUUUCUUUCUUUCUUUCUUUCUGUCUUUCUUUUCUUGGGUUUUGCAUAUCAUUAUGCAAGAACACGUUUUUGCCUGUGUCGUGCCAUCCUAACCAGCACUUGUGCCCUUUCACGUGACCAAUAUUUAAGCCCACAUAUUUUACUUUCACGUAUUUUUUUAUGUUUGGCUGAACUGGAAUAAAAAAAGUAUUCAAAUAAACUUUAUUAACUGCAUUUUUGUUCUCGCAAAGACUGCUCAGCAGCAGCGGCAGUUCCUUUUUAAGUGAAGGGUCUUUUCCACCAUGAGGCAUCUGAAGUUCGUCCUGGUGCUGGCCGUGGCCGCCAACCUGUGGGAGUGCGGCGAGGCCAGGCUGGGAGAGAAGGGCGAGCUCAGCCCGAGGAGGAGGAGAUGCUACGACGGCAGUCUGCCCAGGCGCCUGAAGAAGAAGGAGCGCAAAGUGGCCGUGGAGGACGGGGCCGUGUGCUCCAGGCUUUACCCGCGAGUGUCCUGCUGCCCCGUCCGCAGAGCGCCCUACCAGAGCCUCCACCGGAGAGACACCACGAUCUAUUCCACCAAUAAUACGGAAUGUUCCAGACUGCUGCAGGAGAUAAAGUGUGCCCGCUGCUCUCCUCAUGCCCAGAUGCUAUUCCACUCGCCUGAGGAAGAGUCCUCACGGUACCGCGAGCCUGACCUGCCCCGCCUCUGCCCUGAGUACUGCCGGGAGUUCUACUACACCUGCAGGGGACAUGUACCAGAGCUGUUCCAAGCUGACGUGGACGAGUUCUGCCAGUACUACGGGAGGAGGGACGGAGGCCUGUGCUUUCCUGAUUUCCACCAAAAGCUCCCACGGGGCCAAGACUCCAACUAUUUAGGAGAUGAGAGAAUAGAAGCAAUCAACAGGAAGCACAAGCACAACUGCUACUGCGCCCAGGAGAUCCUUAGUGGGCUUCGGCAGCCUGUGGCUGUGGUGCACUGUGGGGAUGGGUCUCAACGCCUUUUCAUCCUGGAGAAGGAGGGCUUCGUCCGCAUCCUCACGCAUGACAUGGAGCUCCUCAAAGAGCCCUUCUUGGACAUCCAUAAACUGGUGCAGACAGGGAUUAAGGGAGGAGAUGAAAGGGGCUUGCUAAGCCUGGCAUUCCAUCCCAAUUACAAGAAAAACGGAAAGCUCUACGUCUCCUAUACGACUAACCAGGAGCGCUGGGCCAUCGGACCUCACGACCACAUUCUCCGUGUGGUCGAGUACACAGUGUCCAGGAAAAACCCCAACCAGGUGGACACGAGGACCACCCGGGUCUUAAUGGAAGUGGCAGAGCUCCACAGGAAACAUCUAGGAGGGCAACUGCUUUUCGGGCCCGAUGGCCUUCUACAUAUCUUCCUGGGUGAUGGCAUGAUCACGCUGGAUGAUAUGGAGGAGAUGGACGGUCUGAGUGACUUCACGGGAUCUGUACUGAGGGUGGACGUGGACACAGAAUGUUGCUCCACUCCGUAUGUCAUACCCAGGAAUAAUCCAUACUUCAACAGCACCAAUCAGCCACCUGAAAUUUUCGCCCAUGGGCUGCAUGAUCCAGGCAGGUGUGCAGUCGAUAAGCUUCGCAUGGACACCAAUGGGAGCCUCCUGAUCUUGUGCACUGACUCCACAGGAAGAAACACAACAACAGGGAGGAUCCUGCAGAUCAGUAAAGGGAAAGACUACGAAAAUGAACCAUCAGUCUUCGACUUGGGGUCUACUGGUGGUGCAGUCCCAGUAGGAGGGUUCAUCUACAGGGGCUGUCAGUCAAGAAGGCUUUAUGGAAGUUACGUAUUUGGUGACAAAAAUGGGAACCUCAGGAUCCUUCAGAGGCCUACUGAGGACCGGCCAUGGCAGGAGAAGCCACUCUGUCUUGGAAGUAGCAGUUCAUGCGGUUCCUCAUUGGUAGGCCACAUCCUGGGGUUUGGUGAGGAUGAACUAGGUGAGGUCUACAUCUUAGCAUCCACCAAAAGCUUGGCCAUGCAGUCACACAGUGGGAGACUCUACAAACUGGUGGACCCUAAAAGGCCCCAGGUCCCUAAGGAAUGCCGGCGGCCAGUGGAGGCUCCUGAAAUGCUAAGCAGUUCCUGUUCACGGGAGUGCAGGAACGGCCACUGCACACCAACCGGCAAGUGCUGCUGCAACAACGGCUGGGAGGGUCCCUUCUGCAUACGAGCCAAGUGUGAACCUGCUUGUCGCAAUGGUGGGGUCUGCAUCGAACCCAAUAAGUGCUUCUGUAAGGAAGGCUUCACUGGAGCCCAGUGUGAGAAGGGAGAGCGUGGCGUACAAGAGGACCAAGACAAAGAUGGCAUCUUGGAUCACAUCAUUGACAUGACGUCUUAUCUGCUGGACCUCACCAGUUACAUCGUAUAAAAGGGCAGGGAGAAGAAGCCGUUCACUCCAGCCCAAAGACUGAAUUUUAAGGACGCGUUCAAGGGUUUGCCUUCAGAACACCCCCACCCCCAACAUCCAACAGCAUCCCAGUGUCUGAAUCACCUGACAAACCAACAGAGUUCAAUUCAUGUUGGUAAUUGCUCCAUAUUUGGCUGAUGCAUUAAAAACUGGUUAUUGAGGCAAAUAUCAACCAAUUCACUUGAAAUCAUCCUCAUAUCACCUAGUUUGACCUUUUUUUCAUUUUUACAUAUUUUUUAAACAAUAAUCCCAAGCUAAAAUUCAAAUUCAUAAGUAACAUUGGUUUAUAGAUUUAUUUAUAGAGUAAGAUUAAACCCAGAUGUUGCCCAGGAGAGUCUUUCUUAAGUCAUACAUGCUUUGGAUCUCCAAGCACUAUCCCAUACACAUCAUACACAGCCAUACAUAGGCAGUGAUAAAGCUGGGCGUCCAAAAGAACCCCUCUCACAGCUAUAGGGAUUACACUAAAUGGAGUGACCAUGUUUCCCUGUGUACACUGCAAGCUUGUUAUGCCACAAAGGUUAAAGCUUAUAGCUUAAGUCUUAAAGCUCAUUGCCCUAUUUCCUGCUUCCACUAUAGUAAGGUCCAAGUGAAGUUUCCCAGUGAAAAGGACCUUUCAGAUGUCUCAAACAAUUGGACUCAUCAUUUGAGCUCAGUUUGGAUGUUCUACCCCUGGGCUGGACACUCAUUGGGACACCCAAUGUACAAUAGAGGUGCACAAAAUGGAAGACAAAUCAUAGAAAGCAAAGAAAAUACGAGACUUGCAACAAGUAAUAAGGCUCACUUCAGGAAACCAAAUGGACAGUCUACAUGACUGAAACGUACCACGUACCAUGGGAAGCUACGUCUGCCCUGGAUUCGCUACCCCUGACCAAAGGGUUAGCCUUAUAACCAUCAUGGCAAUAAAUAUAAUGAACUUCACUGUAUCCACUCUUUUGGUCAGUCUUGCAUCUUACACCAUUGAGAUGUGAACACCAAGAGCAAAAAAAAGAAGGGUUAGUCCGAAGAACUGAAGAAAGAUGCUGACAGCACACAGUGCCAAAGCGUUAUUCCACCUGAAUAUAUAUUCAUAUUCACCCAAACCUGUGCUACAGAGUCACUCAGAUGGGACUUAAUGCCAGUCUGCUUGCAGUUUGUGAAAUGAUCUAGGGAGUUAACAAGUCACUGGGGGAAUCCUAAAAAGUCAAGCCUGGAGAUUGGUUGUAUUCAGUGUGUAUUUUAUAUAAAGACAAUAUGUUGAGUUGCAAAUCAAGAAUGUUUUGACAGUCACUUUUAUUCCAUUUCUUACACUGUUAAUUUGGAGAUGGCUUUUAACUGGUACGCUGAGAAAAUGCCCUCGAGCUGUAUUUACUUUGGUUUAGCAUCGGGGCAUCAACCAUGCUAUUUUCCAAUAUUCUUCAUGACCAUGCACGCUGCUUUCAGUACAAAUAAUGUAUUAUAGUACAUUUCAUUAUGCUUAUGUAUCUUUUUGUUCCUGUUUAAAAUUCAGCACAGAAACAAGCUAGUUUCUUAUAAAUGUUGUUCGUAAGGAAGCAUGUAAGACCAUUUCACAGAUGUUCUGAGCUAGUAACACUGCCACAAGUACAAAGGAUUAUUAUUAUUAUUAUUAUAAUUAUUAUUAAAAAUAAUAAUGGAAAUAGGUCACUGUCAAUCACUCAGUCCUUUCCAUAAUCAAAAGUCCACAUCUUUUUCUAAUCACUGAAUGGUAUUCAGUCACAUUUUUUGAAAGGGAACAAGCAUAGUGUUGUACAUUUCUCAUAGUACUGUACUACGAUAAGUACUACUUAGCUUUGCAAAAUAAUAUAGUAUUACUAUUGUUUUGAUAGAGGACGGUCUAUUUUUUUAAGUGUAAUAAUAUAUGGCAGAGGCGAGUGUUAAUAGAAAGCAGUUUUACAUUAAGCCUAUGAAUUAAUUCAUAUUGUAUAUUGUCUUUUAUGCAUACACUUACACAGUUCCCAAAUGAUAAUGUUAAGCUAUUGUAAGCAUCUCAUCACCCGUUAGAAAGUUUGACCACCUGUGCAUAAAAAUCUGCCAUUACGAUUUUCCAGGUUCAGUCAUUAGACAGUUCUGAGACGCUGAGGCAGUUUGCUCAUUUAGUUUGCCAUAAUUGUCUGUGAACUCAAAGUUAGUAAAUGAUGCCAGUGUUUUACUUUUGAUAUGGUCCAGUGGGGAGGGGUAUAAUAAUUUUAAGAGAGGCCUACAGACAUGAAACUAUGUGUAAUCGUAUACGUUCAACUUGCUCCUAUGAGUAAUCAAAAAAUCAUAUAUGAUAUUGCCAAUGGAACAUUACAAAACAAUGUUUGAUUAGACUGAUUAUUCUGAGAAUCACAAUGCUAGGUCAUCCCCAUAGCAAACUGACCAAAUAAAACAUUUUAUACCAUGCAGAAAAAAAACUUCUGGACUCUACAAAAUAACUGCCGAAUGUACUGCUACUCGAUUGUGGUUCAUUGUGCUGUUUUAUCAUUGUUGCACUUGAAUUUACUUUGUACUGACCACAUCUUCCAUCACAUUUAGCAGAGAGUGGCCUUACUGGUUGGUUGGUUUGAAUCAUUUCACCUGCAUCCAAAGAGAUGUGAAAACUAUCCAUUUCAUCCAAAAGUACAUUUACAUCUAUCUGUAACGUUUGUUCUUUUUCAUGAUUGAUCAUUUGUUUUCAUAAAUAGGGUCAUACGUUAUUACAUAGUAGAGUAUUUGGGUAUAUACAUCAUUAGACACUUUUUAAUUCUCUUUCAGCAUUACAGGGGGGUUACAUUCUUUUGAGAAAUUACGCUAACGACGAUCUUGUCUUCGAUUUGAAACUGACUGUCUUGGUUUCAGUAAGUGUAAGGAAUCUAUGCUGUAAGUCUAUUCUGUAAUAUUAGCACUUAAUGUGAAACUUGCAUCGGAGCUGCUGGGAAGGUGUUUGUGUGAAUAGAGUAACCCUUUUUUGUUUUUGUUUUGUUUUAUUUCAUUAUUUAAGUAGUUACACCAUAAAGUUAUUUAAGUUGUCUACAAUGUUUGUACUGUUUCAUGUGAAGAAUUUGAUCAUGUAUUGUAAAUAAAGCUAGGGCUAUCUCAGUUUCCUCCCAGAAAUAUCACUAUGUUUAUUAAAGUGUAUAGCAUGUUUGAAAACUUGC